AUGAAUAAUGAGCCUUUUACAUUCAAUGCAAAUGCUCCUGUGUAUUAUCCCGGUACACCAUAUAAUGUAGAGGAUAAAAAUGAAAGAAGCAUAGAUUCAAACAAUAUAAUUUCAGAAAAUAUUAACGAUGGAGAUUCAAUAGCUGAAGUCGAAAAUAAAAUAAGCAAAAUGUGUUUAACCCCUGAAAAAAAUGAAGAAAUCGAAGUUGCGAAAGUAGAAAAAGAAAUACAAGAAGAUAAGGGAGUAGAUAAAAAAGUUAAUUUAGUACAAGUGGAUUCUAGACCCCAUUUAAAUAUUAUAUUUAUUGGUCAUGUAGAUGCUGGAAAAUCAACAGCAUGUGGGAAUAUUUUGUAUAUUUUAGGAUAUGUUGAUGAUAGAACAAUUGAAAAAUAUGAAAGAGAAGCAAAAGAAAAAAACAGAGAAAGUUGGUUUUUAGCAUUUAUUAUGGAUAUAAAUGAAGAAGAAAGACAAAAAGGAAAAACUGUAGAAGUAGGGAGAGCACAUUUUGAAACAAAAGAUAGAAGAUUUACUAUUUUAGAUGCACCAGGACAUAAAAAUUUUAUACCAAAUAUGAUUAGUGGCGCAGCUCAAGCAGAUAUUGGGGUAUUAAUUAUAUCUGCAAGAAAAGGGGAGUUUGAAACUGGUUUUGAAAGGGGAGGGCAAACUAGAGAGCAUACUUUGCUGGCAAAAACAUUAGGAAUAAACCAACUAAUAGUUGCGAUAAACAAAAUGGAUGAUCCAACAUGUAACUGGAGUGAAAGCAGAUAUGAUGAAAUUCAAAAAAAAAUAACCCCAUUUAUAAAAUCAUGUGGGUAUAAUAUAAAUAAAGAUGUGUUUUUUGUCCCAAUAUCUGGAUUAUCAGGACAAAAUUUAUCUGAACAUAUAUCCGACAAAAAUUCCAAAUUGUAUGAUCCACGAGGUAGUUGGUAUGAUAUAUCAAAACCAACUUUAUUUCAAAUUUUAAAUUCUUUAUCUCCACCCCCUUGGGAUGAAAAUGGUCCUUUAAGAAUUCCAUUAUUAGAAGGGUAUAAAGACAACGGUAUAGUUGCUGUUGGGAAAAUAGAAUCUGGAACAUUAUAUGGAAGCAAUAUGAAUUGUAUUUUAAUGCCAAAUAAAGUUAAAGUGAAAGUUACAAAUGUAUAUGUAGAAGAUGAUGAAGUCCCUUAUGCUAAACCUGGAGAAAAUGUUCGUGCCAAAUUGUUAGGUGUAGAAGAAGAUCAAAUUAGUAAAGGGUUUGUAUUAUGCGAUUCAUUAAGCUUAUGCUCAGUUGUUAGUGAAUUUAUAGGUAGAGUAGCAAUUGUCGAAUUGCUAGAACAUAAACCAAUUAUAACAGCAGGAUAUUUUUGUAUAUUCCAUGCUCAUACAACAUGUGAAGAAAUACAAUUCAUUGAUAUGUUAGAAGUUAUCGAUAAAAAAUCAAAAAAAAAAAAAAUAAAACCAAAAUUUAUUAAGAAUGAUUGUAUUGUUACUGCACAUUUUUUAUUAUCAAAUCCAGUUUGUAUAGAGGUUUAUGAUAAACUACCACAAUUAGGAAGAUUUACUUUGAGAGAUCAAGGAAGAACUAUAGCCAUAGGAAAAAUUCUUGAAUUAAAAAAUUAA